UUGUGAACUGACUACAAUAAAAAAAAAAGAUGAUACCACCUUGGCCUUUCCCUGCCACAUCAGCCAUGGCCCCCUUUAUGCACCUCUGAUUUCCCAUCACCCAUUGCCUGUAAUAUUGAAGCACUCCAUUCUCAAGCCAUAACCAGACUCUGCCAUCCCUAAACUUGUGUGUGCUUCUCGGAUAUAUAUUCCAGGUGGGGGAGUUGAUAGAGGUUCCUCUGCCCCAGCCAUUCUUCCUCAAAAGGUACCCUGUGUCCCUAAACACUCAGUUUUCUAGGGAUGAGUGACUAGAGAUAGCUGUUGUGAAGAGCCAAGCCAUCAGGCUGGUGGAGGGUGUGGAGAGUGAAGACAAAGUGGGAGCACAGACACUCCCUGUUAGUGGCAUCUUCAGUCCUUACAGACAACCAGACAUCCUCAUCUACAGACUGGAUCACCACAUGAGUUUCCCUAGACAGAUGGAGGUCUUUGACACCACCUCUUAUGAAACAGGAGGGCUUUGUGAUGCAGUCUGCUGGCCUGGUUCCGUCAUCUGUGAGGCGGAGACAACAAGCAUUGGGAGUCAUUAGGCACCAGAACCUUGAAUGCCUACAUAGAGGGAUGGUUGGUCUCCUUGUGCUAAUAAGGUUUAGACCAUGCUGAGUCCAACUUUUGUUCUGUGGGAUUUGGAAUAUCCCUUAUAUACCUAUGGCUCCAUCUUCAUUAUUAUCCUAAUUAUCUGGCAAGUGAAAAAGAAUUACCAUGGAUUAACGUUGGAACCUAAAAGGAGCUGCUGUCGGCGUCACUGGAAAGUCAGACAAAGGGCUAAAGAUGCAGCAUCAAAAGCAAGGAGACUUUCCUGGAAAGAAGCUGAGAAGCCGUGGGAGCUGCUCUCUGUCAUGAGAAGCCAGGGCUGGCUUCCUCAGGAGGGGAAUGUGCGGCAGCUCCUGUGUGCAGAUCCCUACUGCCAAACCUGCAAUGCCAUGGCUCUGGAGAUUCAGCAGUUGGUGGUGGGUGAGAACACCUUGGUCUCUCCCACUUCAACCCGGCCAUCGCAGGGCUCUUCUUGUCUAGAGAUUUUGUCCACAUCUAAUGUGUCUUUUGAGCAGAGUCUGGAGCAUCGUUCCCCACACUUCAAAGGCCUUUCAGUUCCAUCUGCAACCCUCACAGUGUCACAGAAAUCCUUAACCCAGUCAGCUGCCCAGUCAACUGGUGCGGUCAGCAUCCAUGAUUACUCGGCUGAACACCUCAAGCUAAGGCAGGGUUUUCAAGGGCCAGAGGUACCCAGGGGCCCAGAGACUAUGUUUUCAUCAAGGAUUGAGGAACCUGUGGUUUCCGUGAACCUGCAGGAGAUGAUGCAGAACAACCCCAGCCUUGUCUGUGGAAACCAAGGCCAACAGCCUGUGAAUUCUCAGGUCUCUCUGCUGACCCUGAGCCAAGAAAUCACUACCCUGACACAUCCUAUGGCCUUGCAAAUGGUAACUGUCCUUGCUGCCCACCUGCCAUUCCUCAAUCCUGAAGUCCUGAGGCUUCUUGAGGUACAUGUUAAAAAAUGGAUGCAUUUCCAGAGGUGGGCUCCCCGACGUGUGGAAGAUUCCCUGAGGCAGUUUAUGCCAAAUCCGCCAUUAUCUUACCAACCUGUACAUAAUCAACCGGUUUCUCAGUUCUCUGUUGAGACGUUUGGAAACAUUUCAUACCAGAACUGGGGUUCAUGUAUGGCAGGCCAGCCUACUCAGGCCUUCUGGGUUUCUGAAUGGUCCAUUAUAGACCCAAAACAAAGACACUACUACCAGCAAGCCCCGAACCAUAUGGCUCUAGCCUUGUCCUCUCCAGCCCUUAAAGAAUUAAGUGGCCUCUAUCUAAUGCCUGGGAAACAGUCUAAUGAUUCAGUGGCCCAUGUGCAGCAGGAAUACAGCCAGCUAUUCUGUGGCCUCCCUUCACUGCACAGUGAGUCCUUGGUUAACACCUUCUUGGGUUCUCAAGGCCUCUCCAUGAAUGAGAGCAUGUCCAAACCCCCUUUGAAUGAUCCUUUUCUCUUCAAGGAUCUCUCCUUCCUCCCUCUGCUGCCUAAAAAUCCACCCCAAUCAGCUCCGCCCUCUACUCUGACUUCCCAAAAUUGGAUUGCUCCAUCUGACCACCAGAAAGCUCAGAUCAAUGUCCCGUUCCUGACUCUGGAUGAGUGUGAAGCCUUGGAGUGGCACCUGCUGCAGAGGCAGCUCCAGCUUCAGUGGGGCUCGCCAGGUGGUUUCCAGAGAGAUCAGCACGCCCAGAGCCCCGUGCAGUAUAAGACCUGUGACAAUGCCCAGCCUUCUGAGACUGUGAAGACUUCUUGGCCAGGGCAGCCCGUCUCAGUCUUCACAAGGGAACUACUCUUCCCACAGCAUGCCAGGAGGCUGCUGGAUUUCCACCUCCAGAGGCAGUUGAUUCACCAUCGCUGGGGCCUGCCCCAGAAGAUCCAGCAGUCCAUCCAGUUGCUCCUGUCCCCCGCUGACCAGCAGACUAUGUCCUGGAGCAGCACAGCACUAGACAGUGUGAAUAUCCCCCAACUUACAGCUCUAGAGGCCACUGGGGCUGAAGAUCCAUUCUCACCCCCUGUGGACCCAGUGUCAGUCCCUAGGCCACACAUGUUUGACCAGGCCAAGGCAAUACUGCAGAGCCACAUCGACUCCAAAUGUGGGCAGAUUCACCAGUGCAAUGUCCCUGCCUAUGUAUGUAACUCUUGGGAGUGCAUAAUUCCUGGGGGCCUGGAAGUGGCUCCCUUCACCUGCAUCCCAGAAAGCAAGCCCCUGGAACUGCCAGCAGCAGCUGACCCAGACCUACAACAGAAACUUAUGCCCUUGAUGCCAGCAGCCCUUGAUCAGCAGCAACAGGCCUCACCUGUUGUGAUUGAACAUUCUAAGCUGCCCCGAAAGCUGUCCGAGGGAGCCAUUGAGAAGCUGGAGACAACUUUACGGCACAAGUAUCUGGCCUUCUUGUCAGGGCUGCCCACUCUUUAUUAUGUGGCUCUCUCCAGGGCCAUGGCCCCAGCAAUCACUUGCCAAGCUAUGAUCACAGAGACGGUGCCUGGGCCUGUCCAAUUCCCAACAGAACCUCUAGCUCAGAUGACCUCACCUGAAGAGCAGAGUCUAAGUCCUAGGCCAGGCUUUCAAGAUGCCAAUGAGGCUUGUGCAGACAUUGCAGAUGAAUUCCAGGCUGACAUGCAGGUGGAAGGAAAAAUUGAGAUAGUGCCUCCAGAAAGCCAGACAGAGCCUGCGAGGCCCUACUUAUUCAGGGAACCUGUCUUGGCCAAACUAAAUUUCCAUCUGAGAAAGAAGAUCCUCGAGAUACAACUGGGAAUUCCCGUAAAGGCAAGGGAGUCCAGGGAACAAAUGGUAGCAAUCCCGGAGAACAUAUGCACACAGGAGUCUCCUGGGAGUCUGAACCACCAAGGAGAAGCACUGCUCCAGGAACUCCCGAUCCCACCAGAUACACCAUGUGCCCCAGAUCCAGAAUGGCUCCGCUUCAAAGAACAGCUGGCCACUGAGUUAAAGGCAGUGCAUCAGAAACAGAAGCAACUCGGUUCCAGUACAGUACCCCAUGGUUCUGUCCACUGGGCCUCCAAAAUCUCCCAACCCAGUGGGGACAUGACAGAGGCCCAGGUGCUUUGUGUUCAGCUGGAGGCAAGUGUGAACAACCCCAGCCUGGAGGAGCCCUGUAGCCCCAAGCCCCAAAGCCCUGACAAGAGCAAGGACUCAGCCCAAGUACCCACGCUGACAGAAAAGAAAGACAAGCCAAGCAAACCCAAAUCGGCCGGGGACCAUGGAGAAGGGGAUGCCGGGCUUGCGCUCUCCUCCACAAGAGAAAAAAGCUGCUCUGCUGAAGCCCAGAGACCAGAAGAGGUGCUUCUGAACAGGACACCCCGCAGCCCCUGGCAACGGAGACAUCGCUUUCACCUUGGUGCUCCCUGUCAACACAGUCCCCAGCAUCGCCCCCAGCCUAAACUCCCAGAACUAUCUCCUGGAGUCCCCCAGGGGAAAGACUCUGAGAAGAAUGACCUGAAAGACAGCCAAGCCAAGGGCAAAGUCAUCCGCAAGCCAGCAAGGGUUCCUGAGAACGUCCAGCCCGUGGUGACCCAGAGGUCACGGGGCCAGCCUUUCCUGGGCCAGCUCACUCCGGGGAAGCCAUUGCAAGGACAAACUUUACAAGGUUGGGUUUUGCAGGGGCAGGUGAUGCCAGGCCCUACUCACAAGAGGCCCAGCCUUCCAGAAUCUGGCCUGAGAAAUAAGAUGAAAUCUUUUCUGCACUGUUUUAACCCCAAGACAAAAGGCAAAGGGCAUAAGGAAUCCAUGUCCUCCACAUCUGAGAAAGUGGCCAACAUGAGAAAAGAAAACGUAGAAAAGAGCCUGACUCCAGGCAAAAGUCCCAAGGGACGAACUAAGACAGAGAAGAUGAGAGGAGACCCGAAGGCCCAAUUCUCCCCCGCUGAAAAGCAGGUGGGCCUGGCCUUCUUGGAUGUUCCCCAUUCCCCAGACAGUAAGCUCCGGCACCGCUCCCAUUCCCAUCAGGCCCACUCUGCCUCAGUCCUGGGCACUCCUCGCCACUGCCCUCGGCACUGUCCUCGAGUGGCUUGUGUCACCCAACCAGGGAACCCACCCUAACUUUCAACUCUCACCUCGUAGGGAAACACUGGUCUGCUCAAGUAGACCCAGUGCAAUCAAGACUUUGUAGUCUUCCCAAGAUUGGCAUCCCUUGUGGAGGAUGCUACGGCCAUUUUCAUUACUGUACAGGUGGGCAGAGCGCCACCCAAAAUACACUCUAUAUCUCUCAGCAGAAAGUUGUCUGUCUUCUUUUCACUGUGGUGUGUUCAGGGAAGGCAUAAGGGAGGCAUAAAUGUCCUUCCAAUCUAGGAAAGGAGCUUUAGCCCACACUUAAGCUGGUCAGCAUUCCACACAACACACACACACACACUCACUCACUCACUGAACUGUGAAUUAAGGGACUUGAGCAGAGAAGGAAGGCCCUUGUCUAAGGUGCACUGAAGGUAAAAGUUAGGCUUGAAUUCUGUUAUGGUGUCCUUGGGCCCAGGGGAGCAAUGUGGACGUGAGGAUAGUGCUGUCAAGAAGGAGUGGCCAGGAAUCCCACAGGCAAAAUUUACUGGUGACUUCUAUAUAUGCCCACAAUUUGGAGGGGAGGUUUUUAGGGGAGUGCCAACCUUGAGAAGGUGCUUUAUGUUUAUCAACAGCAUAUGGCUAAUAUGACAAAUGUCAAAGCAAAUGAUGGAAUCUUCUCUCUCUGCUCUCUGUUGGCUAUUGGUUAGAUCUUUCUGGAGAACUCACCUGGGAGGCUGCUGUAGCUUUUUUGCCUAUAUCCCACCUCCACUGCCCAUCAGGCUGCUGCAUGGAAUGAAUGAUACCUAGAAUGAAGAUCAAAGUAGACAGUAGACAUGGAGAGGAGCUGGUCCCCCACCCCCAAGGGUAGGCAGGGAGAGAAGCAAGGAGGGAGAGCAUGUAGAUGGGGGUCUGAGUACCAGGGAUAGAAGCUGAUGUGUCCCUGAAGAGGGCAUGAUAAGAGAAAAGGCUGGUUUGCUACUCAAAAGAGUCUUGAGCCAGGAAGCCAGCACAAUACCCAAGUGCUUUCAGGGAAUGGAGGUAAAUAAACUGAGUUUCAAUCUGUUAUCUAUACUGUGAUGAAGAGUGGUGACUUGAGCCUCCUUUUGUCCAAAGGCAAUGCAAAUUAAUUCAAAAUUUCUGAACACUCACCCUCCACCCCACAAAACUGUUUCCUAAUGUCAUGGAUUGGUAUAACUAUAAAUCCAUGUUUUUGCUCAGCCCAAACAUGAAGUUAGGCACUGUGUUCUAAUCUUGAUAUAUCUCAAUUUUGCCCCCUGCUUUUAUGUUUACUGCCUCUGCUUGUUAGCUUACUCAUCCAUUCUUUGCCUGACAAUACAAUAGUGUCUCAUAUCCCAGGGCUUAGGAUAGUGGCUGGUGCAUAAUAAUACCUUGAUAGCACUAAAUCCAAAUUCUGGGCUGGGGAGACAGACAAAUCAUUACAUUAGUAUGAUGAGUGCUGUGGAAUAGGGAAUUCUGUCAUGGGAUUACUGAAGCACUCAGCUGAUGAGGACCCCAGAAAGGUUACAAUAAAAAUAACUUUGAUUAUGCCAUACACCUUAAACUUACACAGUACUGUAUGUCAAUUAUAUCUCAAAACUAGAAGAAAAAAAAGUUACAAAAACCCCUUACAUUUAAUUAAAAUAUUUGCUUACUUACUAUAGGAAACACAAUAAAGACACUGGAUUUGUACAGUGGAGCUCAUGAUUUCAUGGGACUGUCUCACAUGCCCAAAUUGGUCUACUCAACAUAUAUACUUGAAUGUUCAAUAUUCACCUCAAACUAUAGAACAGUGGACUCCUGAUUCCCUGCACCCAACUGUCAUCUAAUUACACUUACAAAACAUUGCUCCAAUCACAUUAUUCACAUCAUUAGUUAAUGGCAACUCCAUCUUUCCAGUUUAGGACAAAAAAUUUGGUGUCAUCCUUGACACUUUUUCCCUAACCGUCCACAUCCAAUACAUCCUGUUGUCUCUGCCUUCUGAAAUGAAUUCAGAACAUGACCACUUCUCUAGCACUCUGCUGCUAUGAUUACUGCAGUGGCAUCAUAACUAAUCUCCCAGCUUCUGCUUGAGGCUAUAGUUCCAACAGUCUAUUCUCAGCAGAAGCUGGAUGGACCUCAGGGAAGGUCCUGGCUGUAGAUAAUUGGAUAGAAAGAUAUAUAGGUCAGAUGAUGGUGAUGAAGGAGGAGAAAGAAAUAGAAAGAAAAAAGGAAGAAAAAGAAAGAAAAUUAGAAAGA